GAGGUGAUUGGAGGUGAGCUUUCACUGAACAAGUGAAAAAAGGUGGGCGUGCUUUGCUUGGGCAAGUGUGCGGUUUGGCUGAUGGGUAUACACUCCGAUGGUAGGUGCCUUGCUGCUCUUUAUAUACCUCGUUAUGGGAUGGACUUGUUGGCUUUCUCAAACAUCCAUUAGACCAGGAGACACUUUGCGUAUCCAUCGGGAGAUCAUCACUCUAGCCCGGACCUGUCGAUUGGAGACACGACUAAAUUGGAAAAUUAUGCAUCCAAGGUACCAAUCUACAUGGACCCUGGUGGGCAACAAACAUGUCAUGUCGGCCGCAUUGAUUAUCCAAGUUACUCGGAUCUUCCCGUUCAUGUCUUGCAUUGCCCAACCCGGCCAAUAGGAACAUCAUUUCGAAGCGAUUUCAGCUGGGAACUUGCA